GGGGAAGGGAAAGAUGGACCCCAUCGAGGACAAGAGCAUCAUUUGGCCGCAGCCGUACAAACCCGCUCUGCGAGGUGGGUAUCAGUCACUCAUUUGUCUGUGUGGAUUCACGUCUGUCUGUGUGCUGCAGGGCUCCCUGCUGCGGCAGCUCCCCACCCUGAGGCUGCCCCUCACCCUGGUCAUCAGCCGAACGUAGAGGACCAGUUCAUCAUCGAGAUAGAAGACGAUGACGUGGGAGAGCAGCAGCAGCAUCACGACGACGCCCAUGCGGCCAAUGCCGCCGCUGGGGCUGCUGCUCAACGUGAAGAAGACCAAGGCCAACGCGAGCAGCAGGACUAUCAGCGGGCGGGUGCAGCCGGGGAAUUUGAGGACUCUGAGAAGACCGAGUCUCAGAGUCAGGGGAGCGGCGAGAUGGAGCGGAUUGGCAGGGGCAAGGGCGAGGACAAGGGAGCGGUUUCCAUGAGUGAGAGUGAAGGUCAGGAAGAGGAUUCUGAAUCGGACGGUGACGAUGGCGCUGAUGAGUACAUCGACGAACAGAAUUUUGACGAGGGUGAGAUGCGGCAUGCACGAUGGCGGUCGCUGGAUGUUUCCAUUGCAGUAGUGUUUCUGUGUUUCUGUGUGUCUGUGUGUGUGCCAGAGGAUGUUCCGAGGCCAGAUGACACGCCAAAGAGGCGUCUAUUCGUUCCCGAGAUGAAGGACGUCCCCCCUCUCACUGACGAGGCCUACGGGGCCCUCCCUCAACGUAUGCAACGACUAACAAAAGACAGACACCACACCAAAUCACGGCUGACACUGAUGUUGCUGCCCUCGGUCAGUGCUCGACCGCCUCAACGAGAGCCUCGUCGCCGAGUACCUCAUGGGCAAGGACACCCUGGCCCCGCCGCUGCCCACACGGCAACACACCACCGGCAUCAAAUGGAAGCCGCGGCAAACCGCGUUCGGCAAGCCCAGAAACCCUGGGAGCUGGGCGUGGUCGCUGCCCAAGUCGCUGCGGGCCGAGCGCGAGCCGACCAACACGCUCAAGGAGAGAGGGACCGUGAAGGUCAAGUGCCGCACCGCCGAGGCCAUCAGGGAGGGAUUGCGGCUGGCGGUGAAGAGAAGGGACGAGAUGCUCGAGAGACACAAGCAGCGGAAGCAGCAGCAGCAGCAGCAGAUGAAGGAGGAAGUGAAGCAGGAAAUCAAGAGGGAGAGGGAGAGAGAGGAGGGCAGCAGCAGAGACAGUGCCCCUGCUGCUGCCGCCGCCGCCGGUGAUGGUGGACGUGCGAAUAAGCGGCGCAGACAGGAUGAGGAUGAGGUCGGAGAGACGGGGAUGGAGAGUGACUAACUGAUCUCUGCCGCGGGCUGCCCUCAUUUUUCGUGGCAUAUGAGCUCGUAUGUCUGUCUCGCUUUGAGGAAUGGACGGACGGCUUGGGACGGUAUGUGGUGUGUGGGGUGAUGGCUGUAUGGAUGGAUGUGCCGCAGUGUCUGUCGUAUUGCGGCGAAUGAGCCGCAUGUAAUGUAUAGUAUAGAUAGGUGGGAUAGUAUAGAGAUAGGUGGGAUCGGCUGUCGUGCGUGUGUGUGUGGUGCCUCACGUUCGGGUGAGACUGAGGUAGUGCUGAAAAACUUUUGAGGUAACGGCCCGGUACGUACGAGGGAAUGAGUGGUCUGGACGAACG